UUGAGGACAAGCUAGCUCUAAGAAUUCAUCGAUCAUCUAUCUACCUAGGCAUCUCAUGAGAAGAGACAAUCUCAGCUAAUCUCGUACGCCACAACGACUGCGCCUCGCUCUUCCGAUCGCAACCAGACGGAUCUAUCCACGAUCUACCUAUACCGCCAACACUGCUAGCUUUUUACACUAGGUGACUUACAAGUUAACUUACAAGUUGACCGAUAAGUUAGCUGGCUCGCCAACUUGCGAGUGGAGGUCUCAAGCUCGAGCUUAUUUCCGCUUGGAUCGAGCACGGCAGAGACCUCAAGCCUCCAAGCUGGGAAUCCCGAUCCCCGACUCUACCCAUCGAUUCAAGACACCAACUUCCUCUUCCCGUUAACGCCUAGCUUCCAGUAUUCAUGGUCUCACAACUAGAUCAGUCCCUUACCCUCCGCGGCCCUUCAUCCGUCAUUUCGGCGCGCUCCUCUUCCCGCCCUCAUGCGUCCUCUCGCAGCAAGCGGUAUAACCGCUCCCACGCGGGAGGAAGCUCCUACGCCCCGCAAAAUGAAUUUCCCAUAUUUAGUCACUCAGGAGACGUCGAGAUCUUGAUAAAAGCUGGCGGAAAAGAGAAUAGAUACCUCCUACAUAGGCAUACCUUAACGAGAUGUUCCGGGUUCUUCGAAGCGAGUACGAGUCAAGAAUGGUCUAAAGCGAGCCUAUUACCAUUGCCGGAAGCCUCCUCGAGAGAGCUGGCUAGGAUAGGGGAAGAAGGGUCAAUUAACGGGGGGAGUGAAGUUGCGCGACCGGGUGCAAAUUCACCUAUCCCGCGGAAACGAUGGCGAUACGAAUUGGAUCCCGGGAGUGGAGCGGACGAUAUACCAAUGCUAAUACAGAAGGAAGCCAAUACAUCCACCAGCUCUUCUGAUUCCACACAAUCAAAUUCGAUAUUCGGGGGUGGGGGCACGACCGCAAAUACACCUGCUACACGCAAAGCAGCUGGCCAUUCACACUCGCACUCACACACACAUUCCACAAAUUCGUUCUUCCGCUCUGUCGCGAACCUCUCUCUAGUGCCAACGAAGGUCGACCAAAACCUACCUCUUGCCCAAGCCGACGCCGAUCUUCUUCGUGAUUACGAUAACCUCUUCCGCAUAUUCUACAAUUACUCGCCGAUGUUAGACAGCGUCAACAUUGCCGAUGCCUAUGUGCAAUGUAAAUCAUUGCUAACAUUAGCAGACCAAUAUGAUGCACUGGCGGUUGUGGGGCCACGGGUCGACCAUCACUUGUUGCAAUUCCAAAGCAGGCUAUGGAAGCAAAUUGCCAAAUACCCCGUCAGUUAUUUACGACUAGGGUAUCUAAGUAGGAGCAAGGUCAUAUUUCAAGAAGCGUUAAUACAUGUUGUCGGUCAAUGGCCCGCCGGCGAGCGGAGCAUCCGGCAAUCGUUUCCAGAUAUUGUGCUCGAUAUCAUCGAAGACAAAGUAGAUGAGCUAGAGGAGACGGUGUCUAGGAUCGAAAGCCGUCUCUUCCGUCUCAAUCUGACCACCUCUCGCGGAGAGCGCGUCACGCCUGGUACUUCCUAUCUCGACUGGCUUGCCAUAUCCUUCUUCCGUCAGUGGCUCGCAGAUAACACUUCACCAGCACCGUUGCCUCCCCCAGCCUCUACUAGAGCUUAUUCUUCGCGUGACGGUGGCAACUCAUCGCGCAACACUGCAGUGGUUGCCUCGGCUCCCACAGCCCCGAACCUCGCAAGCCUAGGUCGCACUUAUCGCACUUUGGGGUCUGCGGCGGGCUAUCUCGGCCAUGAUGAUUGCAAGCGGUUCCUCAAGAUAACCUCAGAAUUAUACUCUCGUGAUAACCUUCGGCGAUUCGAGAAGCGCAUCGACGAGUUAAAAACCGCAGCUCGCGAGAUCGUCCGACCGCUCAUGGGUAGUGGGCUAGAACUCGAGUUAGAACGCGGUGCUACUACUCCGGGUUCCGCUGGCAUCGGCGGUCCUGGAGUUCCCAUAUCUCCCAGCGGCAUGACGAGUUAUCUUACGUGUGUCCGGGUCAUGGAAAGGGACCUCCCAUGGGCUAUCGAGGACUAACCAGGGACUAGUACAAGGUUUGGGACGCGGUAAUAAUAGGAGCCACGACGAUAAACGAGAUGACAUGAUAUGAUGAGACGAUACAGGUU